CUUGGUUAAUGUCAAGUUGUCAUAACGAAGAGAUUUUGAAUAAUACCAACUUGUAUUAAAAGUCAUGAUUUACUGAAUGACACUUUACGACAACAGUCAUAAAUAUUCAUGAAGACUUACUCAUGUUCAUGACAGGUGUUAUGUCAUGUUUAUGAUGGUGUCAUGACAGUAUUAUUCACAACCCGUCAAUAAAAUUUUACCAAAAAUUGUUUAUUGUAGCUCAUUGCAUUGUUUAAUUUCUCCUCUUUUCAUUCUCUGAUCCUUAUAGAUACCAUGUGUGGACCAAAGGUCAUGCGCCAACUAACUUUGCCAAAUGGCGGACAGCCACCACACCUUACAAAGUGCUGUGGGAGGCCGACUUUGAGCCCUAUGUGAUGGUGAAGAGAGACAGUCCUGAGUAUGACCGUCGUUUUGUGGGCUUUGGCUGGAACAAGGUGGCUCAUAUCAUGGAGCUUGAUGCACAGGAGUAUGAGUUUGUGGUCCUGCCAAAUGCAUAUAUGAUCCAUAUGCCCCAUGCUCCCAGCUUCGACAUCACAAAGUUUCGCUCCAAUAAGCAGUACCGGGUCUGUCUUAAGACCCUGAAGGAGGAGUUCCAGCAGAACAUGUCUCGUCGCUUUGGCUUUGCUGCUCUUAAGUACAUGACAGCUGAAAAUAACAGCUAGUCAGCACUCCAGGCUCAAAGUCCUCUGGAGCAGAACUACUCAAAAUGUUCAUGGGGUAGGAAAGUUAAACACACAUUUGAAUUACUUGAA